CCCGCGCGCUGCAGGAGGCUGUCCAGGCCGAGCAGCAGCAGCAGCAGCUCGCCCCCUCGGCGUCGCUGUUCCUGCCGCCGCAGCCGCAGCCUCAGCCGGCGUGGUCGCCGCUGGUGUGGCCGCACUACGUCCGCCCCGAGCAGGACUGGGCAGAGCAGCCGCCCGCCCCGACCUCCGCGCCAGCGCCGCCCGCUGCCCAGCGCCCAGCCCCGCCGCGGACCCGCGCCGGCCCGUGCCGGCACCAGCACCAGAGCCCGCGGUGGUCGCCGCUGCAGCACCUGCGCGCCGUCGACGAGGCCUGGUACGCCGAGUUCUGCUACUGGCAGGGGCUCGUGCAGCGGGCGCGGCCGCACAUACCGCCCUUCCCCUUCGCCUCGCUGACCCCCGGGGGUCUUCGCGCACCCGGCCCACGCCCGCGCCUGCCCGUUGGCGCCUCGCGGCGGCCGCACGUCCCUGCUGACCGCCGUCAACGCCACCGCAACGCCGGCCGCCAACCCCGCCCGCUCCGACUUUCGUUUUCGGGUUUGCCGGGGAGAGCUCGACUGCCGCUGCCAGGGGCGCAAGAACUUGAACCGGAGGAGCAGCAGUCGGCCAGGGUCUCCCAGCACCCGGAGGGAGAGCCGCCACCGGAACAGCAGGCGGCGGGGCGAGUGCGCGAGGACCAGGCGCAAGAGGAACUUCGGCAGCUGAUUGAGCAGCUGCAGCUCUUAGAGGAGCCGGAGGCGGCACAAGGUGCGGGUGAACUAGUGGCGCAGGGGCAGCUGGAGGUACUCGAAGAAGGUGAGGCGGACGCGUCCGGGCUGCACCAGGACGGGAACAACAACGAUCUCCACUUCCAUGACAUAAACGAGCACGCUGCAGAGAUAGUGGAACACCUGGGGGUGGGUGAGGGUGCUGGUGAGGAGCAGGACGGGGGAGGGGACGGCGAGGCUCCUGCGGCCAGAGGGAGGCUUUCUGCAGGGUAGCAGCAGCCAGGAUGAGGGAGGACAUCGGGGAGAACCAGGUGGUCGUGGAGGGGGAGAAGGUCGAGCAGGCGGUCGUCGAGCUGGUGGACGUCGGACUCGACGCCAUCCUGGAGGUCGAGGGCGAGGACAUUGGGGAUGUGGACUCUGACGAGGAGAGUGACAGCCAGGACGAGGGCCUCCCGCACGCGGAAGGGGGUGAGGCCGCGGAGAACAUAGGGGUGGUCAACGUCCUCGCGGAGGUGGCUGAGGCCCUGCAGGAGGUGGAAAUAGCGGACGGGACUGACAAGUGUUUCCUUGACCCCCCGCCAGGUGAGGAGAUGGGAGACAACGACGGAUGCGUGGACGGGCGAGCGGAGGCCACGGGGGAGGUGGAGGUCGAGGCCGAGGCCGUGGCCGACGCCGAGGUCGCGGCGACGGCGACAGCGACGGUGGAGUCCGAGAGCGAAGACGAGGUAGACAUGGCAAGUCGGCCACUCAACGUGAUCUGGGAGGUCGAGAGCUCGGAUGAGGACCCAGACGGUGACCUGGAGGGCGUGCGGGUCAAGGGGGAUGAGGACGGCAAGGAGGACAAGGAGGGAGGCGAGGAUUCCAAACAACAAGAACGCAAACAGGCGAAGCAGCCCAUGGUCGAGUUCUGGGACAAGUGGGUGCAGGAGGUCGAACAGAGGAUCGCCGAGGAGGCCACCGCCGAGGAGGCCACCGCCGAAGAGGCCACCGCCGAGGAGGCCGUCGCAAAAGAGACCGUGCGGACCGCUGUCGAAGAAGCCGGGGACUGGGACUCGGAGGACGAGCACGAGGACCUCUUUCGGGACCACCGGAGCAUCGCUGUGAAGACCGAGAACUUCCCCGCGGACCUGAGGACGCAGCUAAGCCGGCUGCUGGGCGGGGUCUGGGGCGCGGUCCCGGACAACCAGCUGCGCAUCCUACGCCUCAGUGCCGGACACAGCUCGGCGCUGUACUACGUGCGACUGUCAAGGCGCGUGCAGCCGCACGCCAACGAGCCCCGGCGCGUCAUGCUGCGCCUGUCCAUGGCGGCCGACGCCUCGCCCCUGCACCUGCUCGCCGUCGAGGCGUGCGUCUACUCAUCGCUGCCCGAGCGCCACCGCGGCCCGCGGCCCUACGGCUGCCUCGGGACCCGCGGCCGCGUCGAGGAGUUCCUGCCGGUGGUGACGCUGGCCACCAAGCGCGCCAUCCAGCACGACGUGUCCGAGCUGAUCGCCCGCCGAACGGCCGCCCUGCACACCCUCUCCGUGCCGCUCUCCAGGGACGUCGACAUCUGGCGCAAACUCUUCCGUUGGAACGAGUACGUGGGGCGUUACUUUUCUGAGAACGACGAUGAGCUGCGGCAGAUGCAGUUGGAGUACCCCUCCACCGCCAUCGACUUGACCCGCGUCGCCAUGCGAAGCAACAUCAUUUGGAUUAGGAACAUGGUGACCAUGAGGACCAUGAAGGUGGUCUUUAGCCACAACGACCUGCACGCCGGCAACAUCCUGUUCGCGCCCUGGGCGGCGGAGGAGCAGCCGUGCAGCAGGGCGGCGCCGCCGACGGAGGCGGAGGCGGCCGCGGCGCGCCGGGAGGCGGUGCGUCGCCUGGAGCGGACGGUGCGGGGCUCCGCGCGCCCGGCCCACGGCGCCCACGGCGCCGCCGAGACCGUCGAGGGCAUGGCCAACGCCCAACACACCUGCCCGCAGCGCGGGCCCGCCAAGGUCGGCCCGGGCCCGCGCGGGCGCUGCGCCACGUGCGACCGCCUGUUUCCGCUCGAGCCCGAGUCCCGCAAGGCCAUCCCCGUCGAGGAGCGCGGGCCGAUCUUGUUUGCCGACUACCAGCACGCCUCCUACAACUACCAGCCGUACGACAUCGCGAACCACUUCAACGAGUGGAUGUUCGACUACAACACCAACAUCCGGCCGCUCUUCGACUACGACGCCAACCGCUACCCGGACCCGGGCCGCCAGCGCCAGUUCAUCUACGGCUACCUGAUGGGCGCUGGCACGCCCUACCACAACCUGGAGCACGAGGCCAACAAGCUGGCCCAGGACAUCCACCUCAUGGGCGCGCUCAGCCACAUGUACUGGGCGCUGUGGUCCCUCGCGCGCCACUGCUACAGCAGGAGGCACGGGCUGGAGACGGGCUUCGAGUACAAGGUGAGGGUGAGGUGA